AUGCAGGUGCCACAGGACAGAGAUGAUCUUGCCUGCCAGCCCUGGUACCACGGUCAGCUGUCUCGACAGGGAGCUGAAGCCCUUCUACGACAAGAUGGAGACUUCCUUGUUCGUAUCUCAGAGUCCCAAGGCCACUCCCCAGUGAUCUCCUGCCGUUGGCGAGGCAAGACCCUACAUUUUGAGGUGUUCCGAGUGGCACUGCGGCCCAGACCUGGUCGCCCACAGGCCCUCUUUCAGCUAGAAGAUGAAAGGUUUGCCAGCAUGUCUGCCCUGGUCCACAGUUACAUGACCCUCGGACAGCCACUGUCUCAGGCCACAGGAGCUGUGGCCUCCAGGCCCGUGAGUCGUCAGAGGCCACUGACACGCAGCUUCAGUGAGAAUGUGCUCACAGACAGCCUGGCUGCCACCAGGACUCUCAGGCCCAGGAAGUGGAGUUCCAACCAGCCUGCAGAAGAAGAUGGAGCUGGAGCAGGUGAGGGCCCCCAGGGCCAUGGAGCGCCCCCUACUUUUGGAUCGGCCCUGCACAGGACAGGCAGCGAACCCACAUUGCUGAAGGCCCUGCCUCACAUGGGAACUAUGGCGGGCAGUCUCAGAGCCUCUGAUGGACGGCUUCACGCAAAAGCUCUCUCCAAGCCCCUCCGGACACCCUCCUUGGCCUCUGGACACUCCUCAACAUACUGCGAACUCCACCCCCGAGUGUCCAGUGCUCAGAGAACGACUCCUAGACCAAGCUGUCCAGAGCCAGAUGCCUGCUGGUGGGAAGUGGAGGAGGAAGAGGAAGAUGGGGACAGAUGCUUUGUAAGACCACACGCUGAGGUCUCAUUUUGCAUCCCUGGCCACCCCUCCCGCCUGCUGGGUCCCCAGAAUCGGCCCAUGGACCCUACAGUUCUGAGUACUCUCCGAAGCUUGUUUGUGGCACACCAUCCCGGGAGCACUGCUCUACACCUGCUGUUGGUGGAUUGCCAGGCUGUAGGCCUGCUGGGGGUGAACAAGAGUCAGAGGAGUGCCAUGGGUGUUGCCUCCGGUCUAGAGCUACUCACACUUCCUCAUGGUCAUCGCCUGAGGUUGGAGGUGCUAGAGAGGAUUGAGACCCUGGCGCUGGCCGGGGCCCUGGCUGUGCUGGGAUGCUUGGGGCCCCUGGAGGAGCGCACAGCUGCUCUGAAAGGCCUGGUGGAGCUGGCGUUGGCUCUGAGGCCAGGAGAGACCGGGGACCUGCUGGGUCUGGCUGGGGUCAUGGGCGCCCUGCUCAUGCCCCAGGUAUCCAGGUUAGAGAGCACUUGGCAUCAUCUACGAAGGAGCCACACGGAGGCUGCACUGGUGUUUGAACAAGAGCUAAAGCCUCUGAUGCGGGCUCUGGAUGAAAGUACAGGACCCUGUAACCCAGGAGAAGUGGCCCUGCCACACGUGGCACCGGUAGCGCGCCUGAUGGAGGGCGAGGAGACCUCUGGGCCGCUGGACGAGUCAUGUGACCGACUGAUGCGCACCCUGCUUGGGGCGCGACAGGUGGCCCGUGAUGCACCCCGGUUCCGCAGGGCGGCAGCCCAGCGCCUGCAAGGAUUCAGGCCCAACCCAGAACUAUGGGAGGCAUUGACCACCAGCUUCCUGCGCCGCCUACUCUGGGGGAGCAAGGGCGCCCAGGCCACUAGAGCCCACCGCCUGGAGAAGUUCCAUCGUGUCCUCAGCAUCCUGUCCGAACAACUAGAGCCUCAGGACUGAGAGCCGGGCCCCCAUUUUUGACUUGAGAGACCCCAAGGAUGCUGCUGCUCCCAGCUAUUCAAGAGGUUAUGAGAUAAACUUGGUGAAGCGGUCUACACCCAUAACUCCAGCACUUGGGAAGUGAAGAUGGGAGGAUUAGGAGUUCAAGGCCAGCCUCAGCCUCAUAAGAUUGAGGCCAGCUUGGGCUCUAUGAAAAUUAUGGGGGAAAAAAUUAAAAAUAUGAUGCUUCGGGGGUCAAAGUUUACAAGAAUCUCUCUUAAAAUGGACCCCAAGAUUGGGGUGUAAUAGCUGCCUCCUGUUUUUCAAAAUACCUACUCAACCCUCACACUCUCAUAUAUACCCCUUAUUCAUCCAUGCAUAUUGUGUGGGAUACCCAGAAAGCAACCACGUGGUAAACGUGUGACUUUGCUAAAUAAAAACACCUUACAGAUUUGG